AUGUCAACACCAGCAGCAGAACCCCCAACAACACUCACCCCACCACCCCCUGCCCGCCGCCGCAGCCCCUUCACGCCCGCGCCCCCCAUCUACUCGCCCCCGCCCGUGUACACGCCCAGCGCAGCACCGACCGUGCCCUUCGUGGUGGUGGAGGACCCGCCGCCGUACUCGCCAAAGCAGGACCGCGACGACGCGAGCGCGCGCCGUGGUGUAAAGCGUGGGGAGGGGAGGGUGUGUGGGGUGAAGAGGGUGAAUCUGGUCGCGAUAUUGGCGCUGCUGGUAGCGGCGGCGGUGAUUGCGGGGGGCGUGUAUGGGUAUCAGCAUCGUGGGUCCUCGAGCAGCGACAACAGCACAGACACGAUCAUUGUGCCGGACAUGUCGGGCCCGGGCGUGGACAGCGUGGACGGGAUGGGCAACACAUAUGUGGGCACGGUGGGGAGGUGA